AUGCAGAUCCCAAACCGCCUCUUCAUCGUCUCCGGCGGCGCCAGCGGGCUCGGCCUUGCCACCGUCAAGCUCCUGCACAGUCAAGGCGCCUACCUCUCCAUCCUGGACAUGAACAGCGGCGCCGGCGAGGACGUCGUGAAGGAGCUGGGCGGCCAGCGGGCCCGCUUCUUCGAAACAGACGUCACCGACACGGAGAGCAUCGCGGCGGCCGUGAAGGGCAGCGUCGAGUUUGCAAAGGAAAAGACCGUGCCGCUGGGCGGUGUGCUGGCCGGCGCAGGUGUGGGAUUUCCUGGUUUGAUAAUCUCCCAAAAGAACGAGCCCCUUCCUCUCAGCUCCUUCGACUUGGUCGUCUCGAUAAACCUGCGCGGCACCGUCGACCUGAUCCGCCAAGUCCUGUCGCACCUGGCGCAAAAUGAGCCAUAUGGCCCGGACGGUGAGCGCGGUGUCAUCAUCAUGGUAUCCUCGUCCGCAGCCUUCGAUGGUCAGAUGGGUCAGGUCGCAUAUGCCGCAUCCAAGGGCGCCGUGCGCAGCAUGACACUGCCCAUGGCCCGCGACCUUUCGCGCUUCGGCAUUAGAGUUGUAACGCUUGCGCCUAGUCUGUUUGAGAGCAACAUGACCGCCAUGUUGAGUGAUAAAGUGCGCAAAAGCUUGGAGCGCGUAAUGGAGUUUCCGAGGAGACCGGGCAAGCCCGAGGAGUUUGCGAGGACGGUGAAAGACGCGAUAGAGAACAGUAUGUUGAACGGAGAGGUCAUAAGGCUGGAUGGUGCAAUGAGAAUGCCGAGUAAGCUGUAA